UUUUACAGCGUCAAUAUGGCGGCGGUGUUGCCAAAACAUUGUUUUCAGCGAGCGUAAAAAUGACAAUAAUCUGAAAAUGAUGGAGUUAGAAACUUUUCCAGCAUCUGCUGCUUUCCAAAAACAACUAAGAACUCUUUGUUUAAAGGAAUUCCCUUGUGGAACUGGAAAUUGGAGAGAAACUAAAGCCAAAAGUAUUCAGCAGUUAAAAGCAAAUGAAAAUGUGGAUUCCAAGUAUUCUAUCACACUGAAAGAAUAUGGUGCUGAGCAUGAAAAGACAGAGACGCUCGAGGAAUAUGUGGGCUCCAAGUACUCGCCCUGGAACCUGGACUACAGCUGGAGUUCCGAGGCCAAACGACUACGGGAAAUAGCUGUUAAGUCACCCUGGCUCUUGGAUGACAACUUCAUCCUUAAUCAUUUUGAGACACUGAGAAUUGUUGAUAAAGGUGUGACAGAGGUUGACAGUAAUUUACUGCAUUUCAAGAAUCUAAAAGAGCUAACACUGAGCGCUAACCAUCUUGUGACGGUUAACUCUAAACACCUUCCACCCAAUCUGAAGGUGUUGGAGCUAUGUGCUAAUAAGAUCAGCGACCUGUCCGCCCUGUGUGUGCGACCUCCUCAGUCCAUGAUACACUUGGGUCUAGGCUUCAAUAAAAUAUCCUUCAUGGGAGACUAUCUCACAGGGGACUACUGGCCUCAGAUGUUGUCUCUGGAUCUGAGCAACAAUAAUCUCACUGACCUCCUAGAUGUAGUACGUAAACUGGGCACACUACCGAAGCUACGGAACCUCAUUCUGCAGGGUAACCCACUGUCUUUGAUCGCAGGUUACCGUGGUUACACAAUUGACAGCAUGAGGAAGUUAUCUGUCCUUGAUGACAUCAUGAUUUCGGCUGAUGAACGUCACCACUACAAAGGCCUAGCCAAGAGGAGAGAGUACAUCCUGGAUGAAGCUAAGGUCACACUCCAUGUCAGCUACAUCAAAGGUCUGCCUGUCCCAGAGGAGGUCAAGAACCCAGAGGAGCAGCCAGAGUUCCCAGUCAUAGAGAGGAAAUACUACGUGCAAUUCAUGUUCUUACAUGACACAGCAGGCAAGGGGGAUAUGCUUGAGGUGUCCCACGACGAUCUGGGAGAGUUGUCCCCCCUCCCUGGAGAGGACCAAUCUGUAUAUUCAGAAGAAGCGACAAAAGCUCGCCAAAGGAUCAGUGCCAUGAUGUCCGACGAUCCCGAGGAAAACUCAACACCCGCAGAGGCGGCUAAAAAUGUCAACUUCACUGCUGAACCUGAAGUUGUCAUAGCAAGGGAACCCACAGAGACAGCUACGGAGCAGGAACAACUAUCACCCACCAAGUCAUCCACACCAAAGGUAGACGAGCAGGAACAGAUAGAGGAAGAGGAGAAACAGGAGCUUCAACUGGAAGCCAUCAAGCUAGGGGGAGCCAUCUGGGCAGAGGAGGUGGAGCUCGACACAUCACAACUAGUCGUCCGGGACGAACUUCUUGACCUUCGCAACUUUUUCAAGCAGGGAAUGCAGUUCUCUGUUAUAGAGGAAAUGGUCCAGUGUUUCCCGAGUGAAGGUUCACCGUGUAGCACACCCACUCAAAAAAAGCCUGCUGAGAAGGAAAAAGACAAGAAAAAGGACAAAAAGGAUGACAAAGCUAAAGGUGGAGGUAAGGAUGACAAGAAGAAGAAAGGGAAGAAGGAGCCGGAGGUGGAGAUGAAGCGAAUGCCACCCACGUAUUCCACGCUGGCCACGUGGCAUCAGCCGCUGGAGGAGUUCCUCGAGGGAGAGUACGAGUUCACGGCUGUCUUUACAAAGGGCGGCAUCGAGCCCGCCUCCACGGUCAAAAGUGUAGACACUGACUCAAAAAAGGAAGAUGAGGAGGAGACAGAGUCAGACGAAUCCGUCACUGACGAGGAAACAGGUAAAAAGGAGGACAAGAAGAAACCAGGAUCACCCAAAAAGAAAGACGAAGGAAAAGGAGGAAAAGAGAGCAGGAAAAAUAGUGCAGUCAAGGGCGGCAAAGAUGACAAGAAAGGUGACAAGGGAGGAAAGGGAGGCAAAGCUGCUCCCGCUACUGUGGACGAGGAAGGUGACGAACCAGCCCCGCCCCCACCACUCGAGGUCGAGAUCUCGGUCAAACUCCACCACUGGCGCACUGCACACGACUCACUUAAGGAGGAGGAAGAGAAAAACAGGGCCCUUGAACAACAGCAGCAGGUGUAGCCCACACAAGUCUAGAACAAUUGGAGAAAGCUAAUUUACAACCCACACAGGACUUAAACAAUAGUAGCAGGUGUAACCCACACAAGUGUAGAACAAUUGGAGAAAGCUAAUUUACAACCCACACAGGACUUAAACAAUAGUAGCAGGUGUAACCCACACAAGUGUAGAACAAUUGGAGAAAGCUAAUUUACAACCCACACAGGACUUAAACAAUAGUAGCAGGUGUAACCCACACAAGUGUAGAACAAUUGGAGAAAGCUAAUUUACAACCCACACAGGACUUAAACAAUAGUAGCAGGUGUAACCCACACAAGUGUAGAACAAUUGGAGAAAGCUAAUUUACAACCCACACAGGACUUAAACAAUAGUAGCAGGUGUAACCCACACAAGUGUAGAACAAUUGGAGAAAGCUAAUUUACAACCACACAGGACUUAAACAAUAGUAGCAAUCAUCAACCCACAAAAGAUGUAUGUGAUACAAGAUAAACCAAAGUAACAGUCUAUGCAUGAUAAAAAUAUUACAAGCAGAAACAUUAAUCCCAGGUAUACUAGUAUGUAGUUGUCACCUCACUGUCAUAAGAAUGUUGGAGCACGGAAAUAUUAACUUCAGAGGUAAAUAGUGUCACAUGGAUGAGCAAUUGAAAUCAAGAGGAGGGUUUUGUGUGUAGUCCUUUCAACUGAAAACUCCUAGAAGGACCGUCAUCAUCAGAGUUUUACAUUCCAAAGUCACUGACAGGUGUAGAAGUCUUUGUGAUUAUCUAACUGAAUAGGUUAAAACAUUUAUAAGGAAUAAGGUAUCUGCUCUAAUCAACACCUGAGUAAACUGUUGGUAAUCAACUUUCGUACUCAACAAGAUUUAAAUGUAAAACAAUAUGAUAUUUUGUGAUAUUGGCCUAUUUCUAUUGCUGCAAUAUUAGUAGUGUGUUUGUACUCCGCUGUCAGUUUUUAUUAAAUCUAUAAUAAUUUAUGUGGGCUAACGUAUCGGCAUACAGUAUGUUUAGUCUGGCCUGAUCUACUGUAGAUGUUUUUAUGUUGGACAAUCAGGCAGUAGGACUACUGACAGUUUCCUAUCCUUGUACAUUCCAGGUACCAGUACAUAUAGGUAUAUAGAUAUAUCAUCUCCGUCCAGUAAUCACUGAUGACCUAUACCAAACACACUGAUUAUGAAUUACUACUUAUACCGGUAAUGUCCUUGUUGUGUCUCGUGACCAGAAAUGACACUAUGAUUAACUCUAUACCAUUGUUUUCCUACAGGGAACUACUUUCUCCCUGAGUUUCCUUAUGAACCUGUUUGAUGUAGAUCUCUGUUAUAUCAAUGUUUUAAUGUAUUUGCACAAGGAAGUCUUCUGUAGCGUAGAACCAUCCUGUUUAUUACUGAAAAGUAUGGCUAAAUCGCUGGACACUGUUAGAGUAUUUGCUGACAACCAAAAGCCUGUCACUGUAUAGGACUGGUAUACACUUCACCAUGUUAGAUAUGAUAAUGUACAAGUUCUGUUGUCUGACAACAUCCUGUCAUCCUAAUUUCAGAAACACAUUCUAUUUUGGCCCCUCUAGCUAUUGCAUUGGUGUCACAAAUUUCAUAAUCGACACAAAAUCCAAAAUUAACACAAGAUUUAAUUAUUUAUUCUUAAAUCAAGGAAGUGACAAGAGUUACAACUUUCCACAGGAAUGUAGGAAUGAAACCAAUAUCAUAGCAUAUUUAUUAUUAAACCACUGAACGACAGUUUUAAUUUACAUUUCUAUAUUAUGGCUAUUUGAAGAACUCUGAAUAACAUGCAUUUUUCUAAAUAAAUAAUGUCACUUAUGGCAUUAAUGUUAAAGAAUUUGGAUUGUUAGGUGAGAUUUGUAAGUUUCCGAUUGUCUUUAAGGAUUUUCAUCUAUUGGUAAUAACACUCCCUUGGAUCACAUGCUGUCAGUGCUAAAUCUUACAAAGACUGGAAUUCCAGAGUAUAUUUUUAUAACUGUGAUAUAUAUAUAGUUACCGUAAGACUGUGAUAGACUUUGUUUUGCUGUCAAAUUAAUUUUACUAUUUAUAUUGAUAUUGAUGCCAAGUCACUUGUUGUAUUCUUGGAAAUAAAUGUGAAAGGAAAUAUUAGUUUUUGUUAUCUUUUAGAAAAUUUGUAGACACAUAUUCAG